AAAGUUUAAAACAGACACACCAGUCCUUCCUAAUUCCUUGCAUUUAAGGACAUGAUACCACCAAAUCUAGACUUGCUGCUGCUAAAAACUUGAGCUGAGCUUCAGCCUGUGCUCAUGUGAGAAAGGUUUAUUAAGAAUGCACAGUAAGAAGACUGCAGUCAGAUACUAUGUUGGGAUUGAUGUUGGCUCAGCCAGUGUUCGAGCAGCGUUGGUUGAUGGCUGUGGGACAGUGGUGGCACAUGCGGAGCAGCCCAUCCAAAUUUGGGAGCCCCAGCCAGACCACUACGAGCAGUCCUCUGCAGACAUCUGGGCUGCCUGCUGCUCAGUCACAAAGAAGGUUGUCUGUGGAGUGGAUGCUGCCCAGAUUCGAGGGGUUGGUUUUGAUGCUACAUGUUCUCUUGUUGUUCUGGAUAAACAGUUCCAACCUUUGGCAGUCAACUGUGAAGGACAGAACCAUAGGAAUGUUAUUAUGUGGAUGGAUCAUCGUGCAGUGAGUCAAGUCGAGCUCAUCAAUGCAACACAACACAGAGUUUUGAACUAUGUAGGGGGAGCAAUGUCAGUGGAAAUGCAGCCACCUAAACUGCUGUGGAUAAAGGAGAACUUGCAGGAAUCCUGGGAGAAGGCAGGCUACUUCUUUGAUCUUCCGGAUUUCUUAUCUUGGAAAGCCACAGGUGUCACUGCAAGGUCCCUCUGUACAGUCGUGUGCAAGUGGACGUACACGUCAGACAGGGGUUGGGAUGACACCUUCUGGAAAAUGAUUGGUUUGGAAGAUUUGGUGAAGGAUAAGUAUGAAAAAAUAGGAAACCACGUGUUGUCUCCUGGAGAGGCCGUUGGAAAAGGUCUAACGCCAGAAGCUGCCAAAGAUCUGGGUCUCCCCGAAGGGAUUGCGGUGGCAGCAUCUCUCAUUGAUGCACAUGCUGGAGGACUAGGAGUAAUUGGAGCAGAUGUGAAAGGACAUAACCUGCCAUGUGAGAACCAGCCGAUUACAUCCCGAGUUGCAAUGAUCUGUGGAACAUCUUCGUGCCACAUGGGGGUCAGUGAAAAACCCAUUUUUGUUCCUGGUGUUUGGGGACCAUAUUUCUCUGCAAUGGUACCAGGACUGUGGUUGAACGAGGGAGGUCAAAGUGCUACAGGAAAGCUGAUCGAUCAUGUGGUCCGAGGCCACGUCGCCUUCCCAGAAUUACAGUCAAAAGCUGCAGCCAGUGCUCACAGCAUAUAUACAUACUUGAACAGUCACCUGGAUCUGAUUAAGAAAUCUUUGCCUGUGGGUUUCCUCACUGUUGAUUUACAUGUUUGGCCAGAUUUCCAUGGUAACAGAUCUCCCUUAACAGAUCUGACACUAAAGGGCAUGGUUGUUGGACUGACAUUGUCCCGGGGUCUGGAUGAACUUGCCCUUAUCUACCUGGCCACGAUCCAAGCCAUUGCUUUAGGAACAAGACAUAUUUUGGAAACGAUGCAGGCUGCAGGACAUGAUAUCAACACGCUGUUUCUGUGUGGUGGGCUGAGCAAGAACCCUCUCUUUGUGCAGAUGCACGCUGACAUUACUGGGAAGCCUGUUGUCCUGUCCAGAGAGGUGGAGUCUGUUUUGGUGGGUGCUGCUAUUCUUGGAGCUUGUGCUUCUGGGGACUUUGCAUCUAUACAGGAGGCCAUGGCGAAAAUGGGGAAAAUUGGGAGAGUCGUGCAGCCCAACCAUGAGCACAAAAGAAGGGGAACCACCCUGUCAUCAGCUGCUCCAGGUAUCCUGCAGAGAGGCCCAGGCUUUACAUCAAAUGGAGAAGACAAGCAUAGGAUGGUUCCAAAGGAGCAAAGAGCAGCUCUGAGGAAAAAAUGCAUGAGACACCCCCAGGGGAAGAUUCUUUGCAAGGCAAGAGGCAGGAAGAGCAGCAUGUCAUACAGGUUCAGACAAACCCUUGCUGUGUGCUGACACUGGUUUGUCUGGGUGAGUGCUCCCUCAGCCGAGCCAGCCGUCUGACCUGGAUGCAGCAGCCAGGAGCACACGGGUGAGCCGAUCUCUCCUCACAUAAUCCCAGAUUACCAGACCUGCACAGCCUGCCUUGUUUUUACACAGCUCUCAGCCACGCUUCCUGCACCAGCCACAUUCUCUUACACCUUUCUUGCACCGACAUCCCUUAGGAAUAAUAAUUUCUGGAUACUUUUGAAAGAGGCCUGAAUGGCCUCACGUGGUGCCU